AUAACACAUACAAUUCUGUACAAAAACACACUUAUCUAUAGGAUUUUUUACUUCAAUGCACUGACAGAGUAAACAUUAAUUAUACUGUCAGUGUAUAUAAAUUAAAUAUCCACAUAUAGACAUAUCCACGCACAUAUAUACUUGACCUUUCAUAUAUAUAUAUAUACUGCCAAAUCUAGCCAACUCAGCGGCGAAUACAAGAAUAACCUCCCAUCCAAAUCUCUUUUGUCAAUCAAGGGCAAUACGAGUGUCACAAGCUAUUUCUUAUAAACACUCGUCAAUAUUUGAAGUUUAUGAGUUCUGGAAGUCCCUCGCUUCCCAGAACCUACAACCCGUUUAUGUUAGCAACUGGUUUCGCAGUUUAUUAUAAGUAAUUUUUAAUAGAUUUUUCAACAUAUAUAGAGUUUGAGUCUAAGCUAUUGAGUUUUGCCGAACCCGAAUCAUAUAUUCUACAUCGGUCGACUCUGAGCGGACUAGCAAUGCACUAGAGGGAGUUGUAAGAAGCGCAUUACACAUAGACACAUCACCCGUACAAUUGUACACACAUAUAUAUAAGAGUUUAAGUUCAAUAUACUGACAAAUUGAGUAAAUUAUACUGUCAGUUUAUAUAAGUUAAAUUUUACUAUAUAUACAUAUAUAUCAUCACACACCUAUAUGGCGGACCCUUCAUAUAGUACAAAGUCUAGGACAAAUACCAAACAUCCUUUAUAUCGUGGGAUACGUUGUAGAAGUGGGAAAUGGGUGUCUGAAAUUAGAGAGCCACGUAAGACUACAAGAAUAUGGCUAGGUACAUACCCUACUCCAGAAAUGGCUGCUGCUGCCUAUGAUGUUGCUGCCUUAGCUCUUAAGGGAAGUGAUAAUGUUGUACUAAAUUUUCCUCACCAUGUUAAUUCUUAUCCAAAGCUCCCUUCCUCACCUUCUUCGGCGGAUAUACGACACGCCGCGGCCACCGCGGCAGCUGCAAUGGCUCCGCAAGGCAAUGAUGAUUGGUCGACAGGAAGCAGGUACGAAGCUACAUGUAACGAAGGAGGUUCGAUUGGAUCAUCUUGGUCGGAAAAUUAUGCUAUGCAAAUAGGAGGUGCGCAAAUGAUUGCAACUGAGGAGGAAUAUGUUGAUGAGGAAGCAUUGUUUGAUUUUCCCAGUUUGCUUGUUAAUAUGGCGGAUGCAAUGAUGGUGAGUCCCCCAAGAAUAAACUCCUCAUCCUUUGAAGAUUAUUCACCAGGAGACUUUGAUGCUGAAAGUCUUUGGAGCUAUUAAAUAGGAUUUAGAAUUAACGGAUUUAGCGAAAGUGUAAUUUUAAUAUAUGCAUAAGUAAUAAGUAUCUUUUUCCUUUGUAUAAAUAAUUCGCUUCGUUCAAUUGAAUUCAUAGAAUUCACUUUAAA